GUUCCACCUAUACAAAGUAGAAAUUUGUUACAAGAUAUAACGACAAAGUUGCAAUAAUUCAAAAUCUGUGAUGAUAAUUAGGAAUUGAUAUUUGAAAGAUGAAAUACAUUAAUUUAAUAAGUACAGUUUUAUACAAAAAUACAAAUGAAAAUAAUAAGCAGUGUAUAUUAAAAUGUAUGUAUUAUAAUAAAAUUAUGAUAUAAAUAUAUUUGAAUAAUGCCAUAAAGAAAUUUACUCUUUAUGAUAUCAUUAAUAUUAUAAACUGCAUUGUUAUUAUCAUAUUUUUGGUAAUAGAAUGUCACUUGACUCACUAUAUUACAUUUAUUUUAUAAUUUCGUAUUUAGUGUUAAAUAAGAAAAUUUACGAUAAAUUUACAUAUGAGAUAUUCUAUGUGCAUUAUCUUCCCGCGAACUAUUGCACUUUGUUCAUUAAAGAAUGUAUAUGUUAUAUAUAUGUAUAUCACACAAAAACAACUUAAAAUAUUUAAUAGAUAUAUAACAUUCCAAAGAUGGUGGUUAUCAUCGUGAUAAUAAUCGCUACUUACUACUAAAGUAUUGUUUGCAUAUUUAAUCGCUUAGCGACUUGAAGCCUCGUAAUCUAAAUGUAGGUCCACUUUAAUAUGGCAGAAGCCUAUGAUUGUAUGGAAGAAACAAAAAUUCAAUAUUUAAAAAACUUGCAUUAAUUUUAUAUUUGUAACAUGUACGAAUAUAACAUCAUAUACUGCAAUGUUUAAAAAUUGUUUAAAAAGUAUAAUAAUUUGACUGCCAUAUGUCAUGCACAUUUGUCAAUGUAAAGAAAUUAAGCUUUUAGUAUAUUUGCAAAUUAUAUUCUUUAGAACUAUAAAGUAAAAAGUAUGGAAUUAUUUCAAAUAAUUUUAUUAUAUGUAUUUAGUUUUUUUAUUGUAUUAAUUAGUGAUAGUGAUUCGAGAGAUUAUAAAGCUAUAUCUUGUACGGAAAUUAAAAAAAAUUCAGAUCUUACUGGUCUCUGCACCACUGUGCGCCGCGAUCAUCGAAUUGGAUAUCGAUCGGUAGAGAUUAUCGACAAUCAAUUGGUUUAUCAGAACAUUCUAAAAGAAGCCUUGAAUCCUUACCUUGAGCGAUAUCUUUUCUCAUCUUUCGGAAAGACAAACGCUGCCCGUUUUUAGGGCAAUUGAAAAGAUACAAUACCGACUGCAUUGCAAUGCUCCGGAUUAAUCUGCAAUUUGCCGAAUUGCUUCGAUAUAAAUUUCACGCACAGAUUAGAUAACGGUAGCAACUUUUAUUGGCAAUUUGUAUUGCUGUACGUGACGUCAGUAGACAAAAACGUUACCAUUUGUGGACCAGUACUAUAUAUCCUACACGAAGCGAUUCUACGAAAUUUGAUUGCAUUUCAAAGAGAAGAACGCAAAUUCGACACGGGUCUACGUACGAUAACUUGCGAGGAUUACAUCAGCAAUAAUUUUAUUACGAUGAUGCUAAUAAAAAGUCUUUCUUAAUUUAAUGGAAACAUACAUCAUGGCAAUUUUUCUGAUCUCUUGGGUGCGCGUAAUUAUUUGGAUAGAUAAUAGUACAAGAAAAACUGAUUACAUACGGUCGGAGUAGAAAGAUUACAUCAAGUAAUCCAUUAAUGUUACCGUAAUUUAAUCAUUGUAUAAAUAACUUCUCUUAUUCGUUGUAACUUGUUGUAACUUGCUACUUGUACAAGACUGACAUACAUUUCUGUUAAUCUUUUUAUUAAUAUUUUAUAAUUAUUUUUUAGUAUUAUAUUUUAUAAUAAUUAAUUAAACUUAUUAUAAAUUAUUAACUAAAAAUUCAAAAUAAGAAUUUAUUCCUUACAUAUAACAUAUGCGUUAUUAGGUCAGUAAGUAUUAUUAGUGAAAAGAUAAAACGUGGUAUUACUGAUAAAAGUUACUCGUUAAUCAAGAAUUAAUCUAUGCGACAAUUCUAGGAAAUAACGUUAGGAAAAGAAGAAGUGUCGAAAGGAUACGGGGAAGAAGUUAUGAAGAUUGCUUCAAAUAUACUGCUGGCUGAUAUAUUGUAUCUAUAAUUAUAUAUGUCCAUCUCACGAUAAAUGAUAUGGAACUGCUAGACAUUGGUGGACUCGGUGGAAUACCAAAAUUUUAUCUCACCCGAUGCCAGCGCGAUCUUUCACAAGUAUUUUACAUCGGUCUUGUUUGUCGAUGUCCAAUAGUAAGCGGCCGAUUAAAAGUGCCUGUGCUCGAUAACGUGAUAGCUAUUUAUCGACCCCGACACCCCGCGAGAGGACUACUGCCUCAUCGGUCAUCGACGUGUCCUCACGCGUGCACGCACAAUGCUGCGUUUCCGUGUCCGCUGACCUUGAAACUAGGAUGAAGGAGCGUGUCGGUGACCUCUAGUGCAUCGCGAUCCUGAGGACGCGUGCUCCACGUGAGGACACUCUACGUGACCAUCUCUCUGUCUCUCUCUCUUUCUUUCUCUCUCUCUCUCUUUUUCUCUUUCUUGUGUGAGUGUGUGUACUUUGUUAUGUCAUUGGGCAAAAAGAGACAAUGGGAAUCGUAAAUUCGAUAAAGAAAAGUAAUAAUAACUCGGGAAAGAAGAAUCGCAACAACGGAUCCAAACAACAGAAUGCAGCCAGCAAACGGGUGGACGAAUACUACGAGGAUGUGGAAUUGAUGCAAUUGAGGAUGGCCGUUACAAACAAUCCCAACAGUUUCAUCCUAAAUAAUCUCAUGAUGUGUAUCCAGUUCUUCGAGAAUUACGAGGAAGAUAUAAAUCAAAUUAAAGAGAGUUUGGCGUCGACCUACGAAAGCGAAUUAAAUAAAGUAUUACCAUCUCAAAAGCACGUUCUAAUGCCGGACGUUCUUCAAGAGCAUAUUUCGCAAAAUAUCGCAUUCACUUCGAAACGACAGACCGGUGAUCUUAUUAUCGAAUCAUUGCAACCCAUCCGCAUUUAUGUUGUGCAUGACAAUAUCGAAAUUACAGAACAACAUUAUUCAUCAGAGUAUAGUAGCCUAAAUAAUGGGAUUACGUAUAAUAUGAUGGUGCAACCAAGUGAAAAUCCUGGAUACGUGCGGUUGCGACGUCUCGAUGAAAUGCCAUAUUCGAGAAAUUCCAAUAAAGAAGAUAUCGAUCCUUCUUCAACGGGAGAUGAUGACGAGAUAUAUUAUGGCGAUGCUGAAAGUGUUUACGGUCGUAAUUCGAACAUAAUGCUUCCACAUCAAAUCAGAAAGAGAGGUUCCCAGACCUCUUCACUUUACAAUGCCAGAUCUCUGCCCAAUCUACAUGACGAUGAGACGAUAGAUGAAGACCAAGUAUCUCUUUCGCGCAAAAAUAUUUACGGUACCCGAUCAAAUCAUGACAUUAAGAUCGAGUCUGACUCUGAACACAUGUUGGAAAACCGGAAGAGUCACAGUAAGAAAAUAAGAUCAAAAAACGAACUGGAGGUUAGAAAAGGCUCGCAUUAUCACCGAUCCGGCAUGGCGAAAUCGGCAAGACAGAAAGUUCGCAGUCUAGCAAGCAGCUCGAGUUCCGGCUACCGAUCCGGGCCUUGCGAUAGCGAUAGCGAUUGGAGUUAUCAAACUCUGCCCAAAUCCAACAUUCAAGCUCAUAACGUAAAUCACGAGAGUGACGCGAAUACACCGACGAAGAUCUAUUCGAACGCGAUGAUACCGACGCAGUGUUUCAAGAAGGUGAGAAUCAACAGUGAUGGCAAGCUUUACAUGUUGCGACAGGAGAGGAAACCGCAGAAUGCAAAGCAGCUUCGCCUCUUGAUAGCCGAAAGACAAUAUGACUGCGACGUUUUGUAUACCAGCAGUAAAGUAUUUAUGAACUACUUCGUCGACCUUUUUGUGGACCAGUUGGCCGAGCCACUGGGUUUCAAAUCGGAAGAUCUGAAUCACGUGGAGGAGUCGAUUAUCUAUUGUGAUAAGAUGAUCGAAUCGCACAACAAUCCCAGGCUACGUAGGAUCGAGUCCUAUGAGAUCUCGCCGACGAUAUGGCUGCAGUGGCCGGAAUAUGCACAGGAGUGGUUGUUUAGGUCGCGAAGCACUUGGCCCGACUACAACGAUGUCAACAAAGUGAAAGACUUUGGUUGCUACGUGGUGCCUGAAGACUCUUUGUCGAGAAAGAGACUUUUUCUGUCAACGGAAUUAUCUUGGCAUCAAAAUGUCAAGAAGAACAUUCACGAGGAAAUCGAGUGGCAACUGACGUUUCCAGCUGCGGAACGCUAUCUGGAGACCUGCAUGACGCGUUCUCAAGUGCAAGUGUAUCUGAUUGCCUUGAUGCUUCACAAGACUUUUUUAAGACCAAUCCUGGACACAACGACCGGCUUGACGACUUCUCACAUUAGGAAUAAGCUCUUCUGGUUGAUCGAAGAGGACGACCGACCCUCUAAGUGGCCUGAUAAUCGGACCGGCGACUGCCUGCUCAAGCUGCUAAGGAGUCUCUAUCGUUGCAUCAGUCAGAACGAACCAACUCUGCCGGAUUAUUUUCUCCCUGACAAAAAUGUGUUCAAGAAAGUGCCCUCUGAAUAUCUGUUGCAUAGUCAGAAGCAACUGAAGAGGAUAAUCGAGAACCCUAUAAUGUAUGUGUUUCACGCGAUGGAAAAUAUUAAGUACAGCGACAAGUUUUUUCCUCGAUUGAACUUUACAAAGCUGUUCAAUAUACUGACGGUAAAGCCGUUGGUGGCCAUAAUAAAUCCGGCCCUAGAUAUGCGCUUGUCGCAGCAGAGGUUUGACGAAUCCUGCAGGGACGAGAUCUAUAACAAAUCCGGUGGAUUCUGGAAUAAGACCCGAACGAGGAGUUCACACUACAGCACGCCAAUGGUCGCAAACAGAACGCUGAUCACCCCGCGCAAGGCCACGGACUCUAUCGUCGAAAUCUCGGAACGAUGCGCCGAACUGGAGGGUGUAAGGCUGACCGCAUUAUUGGACUUCUUCAUCACUCAUUUUGUUAAAAUGGCCAAGUGCUGUCAUAGGUAUCAGGCUUAUCAGCAGAAAAAAGUUUAUCUCGAUCAAGCGGAUCGACUGUCGAUCAUUCUAUCGGAGAUGACCAGGUACAAGGACGAUGCCAAGGCUUAUCGCAAGGAGAUCUAUGCUCUGAGGAUGAAACCGAUGACGAAUUUAACAACGAGAUCACCGAACGAUCCGCCGGAAACGCCUAGGAGGAAUCAAGAGCCUAUAUUCAGCGGCGCCUUGAAAGAUCGUUUUACGAAACAAUUCGCUGAGAUCAUGAAACUGCCAAAGGACGAGCAAUCGCAAUCUAGUCAUGAAGAUCACACGAAUAAGGUCACGAAAACGGUUACCUCCGAAAUAGAUGUAGCGAACGAGAGAAAUACGCAAGAGGAUACUGCGAGCGCGAUUACGAGCGAAAACGAGGAUCCUUAUACAUCUAGGAUGCCUGUAUCGAAGGAUCACAGUGACGACUCGGCCUCGAGUACAAUACAGAAAGUGGUCUCUCUAGCGGACAAUCAAAAGGAAAAAACAUAUACGUUCGUUUAAAAAUAGGGCGUUCUGUGGAAAAGAAAUACAAGACAGAUAUUUUAUAUCUUUGUAUUCAAUGAUUACGCUUGAAGCAGAAGAACGGUAUUUAUUAUUAUUAGAUCAAGAGUGAUUGAUAAUUAAUUUAGUAAGUAAUCGAGAAAGACUGAGCGUGCUUAUCGCAUGCUUGCGAAUUGUCGAUAUUCAAUCAUCGCGUUAUGCAAGAGCGAACACACACACACACACACACAUACACACACACACACACACACACACACACACACACACACACACACACACAAUAAUUAGUGAUAGUUAAAGUAAUUUAUACAAAUAGCGCUGCAAUGAGUUUAUCAAGCCAAGUCCCUUUUUGUAAAAUAACAAUGUCAUUGUAACAUAUUGCCAGUAUGCUUAGUCUAGUAGAUCAGAUUGCUACAUUAAGUGUUAAAAAAAAAAUGAAUCUUUUGUUAAGAAAUAUUUUUAAUUUAAAGAAGUUGAAUUUUUAUAUCUCAUUUGUCAUCCACUUGUCUUCUUAAACAUUUUCUGCUGACAAAUCUUAUACAUUAUUAAAUCUAACGAUUACAUUGCUCUCACUAUCUUUUAUUUCGUUAUCAUUAAUCUCAUUAUCUUUAAUUUGUAUCUAUUAACCGUUUAUGAAAUCCUUUAUUUUAUCAUAAUCAAAUGUGAUAUCUCUCGAACGAUAUAUUCGUACUAUUAAAUCAUAUAUUUCACCAUAUUAUAAUUUAAAUUGUAAAAAUUCAACAAAUUUAAUUGAUGUACGAGCACAUCUCUCAAAUAGUUUCUCCUUUUAAUAAUUCUUGUAAAUAUUACGUGUGUAAAUAAUUUUAUUUUCGCGUAACUAAACGAGUGAUAAUUAAAUAUUAUAUGAAGAUGAUAUAACAAACAAUAGGUGAAAAAAUUAUUUACAUACCUCAACACCAUGCUCGGUAUAAAAGUCAGCGGUGCCCAUGCUGGCAUACAACUUGUAUCCCAUGUUCUUUAAAUUUCUGAUAGAUUCCAGCAACUCCAUUUUAUGCUGAAAACAAAUCGAUCAUUUUUAUCCUGUUUUUUUUAAAUGAAUGCAAUUUGCUUUAUUAUCAAUUGGAACAAUUUAGCGUUGCAAUUAAUACAAGACAUUGGUAUUAUUAUUGUUUAUCAGUUUUCAAAAUAAACACAUUCCUAU